AUGAAAAUAUCAGAGGUUUACUUGGUUGUUACUAUGUCUUUCUUGUUUUUGACUCUUAUUGCGGCUGAUUUUGGUAUGAUGCCAAGAGGUCCUGUUAAGGGGUCGGGACCUAAUCCAGUAUUUCCUGAUUCUCCACCUCCACCACGAAUUCCUAUAAAUUUGAAUUUUGGUAUGUUGCCAAAAGGUCAUGUUCCGUGGUCGGGACCUAGUAGAGGAUCAUCUGAUUCUCCACCUCCAUCACGAACUCUUACAAAUUUGAAUUUUGGUAUGUUGCCAAAAGGUCAUGUUCCGUGGUCGGGACCUAGUAGAGGAUCAUCUGAUUCUCCACCUCCACCACGAACUCCUACAAAUUUAAAUUUUGGUAUGUUGCCAAAAGGUCAUGUUCCGUGGUCGGGACCUAGUAGAGGAUUAUUUGAUUCUCCGCCUCCACCACGAACUCUUACAAAUUUGAAUUUUGGUAUGUUGCCAAAAGGUCAUGUUCCGUGGUCGGGACCUAGUAGAGGAUCAUCUGAUUCUCCACCUCCACCACGAACUCCUACAAAUUUGAAUUUUGGUAUGUUGCCAAAAGGUCAUGUUCCGUGGUCGGGACCUAGUAGAGGAUCAUCUGAUUCUCCACCUCCACCACGAACUCUUACAAAUUUGAAUUUUGGUAUGUUGCCAAAAGGUCAUGUUCCGUGGUCGGGACCUAGUAGAGGAUCAUCUAAUUCUCCACCUCCACCACGAACUCCUACAAAUUUGAAUUUUAGUAUGUUACCAAAAGGUCAUAUUUCAUGA